CUCACAGGUCCGGUAGCUGUUGAACCAUGAGUGUCUCCGCACUGAGCCCCGUCAGGUUCCUGGGCAGCAUCUCUGGGCUCCUGCAAGUGGCCUUCCUGCUGGGCUUGCUUCUGCUGCUGUUCCAGGCCGGCCAGUUCUACCUGCAACGCCAGUGGCUGCUCAAAGUCUUACAGCAGUUCCCGAGCCCUCCUUCCCACUGGUUCUUUGGGCACUGGCGAGAGUUCCAGAUGGACAAGGAGAUAGAACAUAUCGUGAAAUGGGUAGAGAAGUACCCAAAGGCCUGUCCUCUCUGGCUAGGAGGCAGCAAAGCCCGUGUCCAUCUCUAUGACCCAGACUACAUGAAGAUGAUACUGGGGAGAUCAGAUCCAAAGGCUCAUGGUUCCUACAGAUUAGUUGCUCCCUGGAUUGGGUAUGGUUUGCUGCUGCUGAAUGGGCAGAAGUGGUUCCAGCACCGGCGCAUGCUGACUCCCGCCUUCCACUAUGACAUCCUGAAACCCUACGUGGGGCUCAUGGUGGAGUCCGUCAAACUGAUGCUGGACCAGUGGGAAAAGCAGCCCUCACCUGUGGAGAUCUUUCAGCAUGUUUCCUUGAUGACCCUGGACACCAUCAUGAAGUGUGCCUUCAGCCACGAGAGCAGCAUCCAGCUAGAUAGUAGGAAUUCCAAGUCCUACAUCCAGGCUGUUGGGGACCUGAAUGCCUUGAUGUUUGCCCGAGUGAGGAAUGUCUUUCACCACAGCGACACCCUCUACAAGCUGAGUCCUCAAGGCCGCUUAUCACAACGUGCUUGCCAGCUUGCCCAUGAGCACACAGAUCGAGUGAUCAAGCUGAGGAAGGCUCGCCUGCAGGAAGAAGGAGAGCUGGAGAAGAUCAGGAACAAGAGGCGCUUGGAUUUCCUGGACAUCCUGCUAUUUGCCAAGAUGGAGGACGGGAGCAGUCUGUCUGAUGAGGACCUGCGGGCCGAGGUGGACACAUUCAUGUUUGAGGGCCAUGACACCACAGCCAGUGGCAUCUCCUGGAUCCUCUAUGCUCUGGCUGCACACCCAGAGCAUCAGCAGAGGUGCCGCGAGGAGAUCCAGAGCAUCCUGGGGGAUGGAGCCUCUAUCAGCUGGGACCACCUGGACAAGAUGCCCUACACCACUAUGUGCAUCAAGGAGGCACUGAGGAUCUAUCCACCAGUGCCAAACUUCAGCAGAGAGCUCAGCAAGCCGGUCACCUUCCCUGAUGGACGCUCCUUACCUGAAGGUAUCACAGUUGUACUCUCCGUUUAUGGUCUUCACCACAACCCAAAUGUGUGGCCAAACCCGGAGGUGUUUGAUCCUACCCGGUUUGCACCAGAUGCUACUUAUCACAGUCAUGCUUUCCUACCCUUUUCAGGAGGAUCAAGGAACUGCAUCGGGAAACAAUUUGCCAUGAAUGAGAUGAAGGUGACUGUGGCCCUGACCCUGCUACGCUUUGAGCUGUUGCCAGAUCCUGCCAGGAUUCCCCAGCCUGCAACGCGACUUGUGUUGAAGUCCAAAAAUGGGAUCCACCUCCGUCUGAGAAAGCUUCACUAACUGGCAGGAAUAAGACUGAGAACAGCAAGUGUCUUCACUGCUCACCGAUCCUCCUGUCCCCUGGUGCUAUGUUCUGCAGAGCUGACCACAUCCUGCUUUCUCUUUGCCCACCUGAGCUUCUUCCACCUGAGUCUGUGCUGCCUCCUCUCCUCCAGAUAUUCUUUCUUCUUUUGAAUUGUCAGCUAGCUUGUCAGUCUGCCUUAUUCUUAGCUGCCUCUAUCUCAGAACAGCCACACAACCCCUAAUUGUUGCCAACACUCACCCAUAUUGCUGUCUCCUCUACCAGUAUUUUCCUUUUGUUCUUGCUUAUAUCUGCCUGGUUGUGAGUUUUUUAUUAUCGCUAUCAUAAUCACAACUUCACUGUCUUUCAGUGGCAUAAAUUUAGUUUCUUGUGGUCUUGUAGAUUGUAACUCUGAAAUGACAUUGGUGGUAUACUGCCAAUGCAUUGAAAGAACCACAAAACCACAAAACAUCCAGGGCUCUGGGUGCGACACUUCUAAACUUUCCCGUUAUCAGAAGCUACAUUCUUUGUACCACAUGGUUUCUGGGUCUUCCUUCCUAUUCAAUAUGACAGAAUCUCUC